UGUUUGUGUUGGAACAAGUACUGUGGAGUUGUAAUCACACAAGGGAGACUCCAUUCACCUCUCUGCAGUAUCUGAGAAAAAGUAAACCGGACGCUGCUGUUUAGCACAAGUUGCGUUUUUAAACUCCAAAAGCCAAGAUGCCAGAAACCGCAGAAGCUGUGUCAGCCACUCUCACCACCAACAGGAACUGCACCAUAGAAAUAUCCAACGUCAGCAGUGGCCACUGCCUCAUCAACCCCAAGGUCUACAUGUCAAGUGGUUUCUGUCACUCCCCGCCCCAGCCGACGGUUCGUACCUCCAAGACUGAAGUGUGCUCCUUCACCAAGGACGACAACACUGCCACGGGCGCUGUCGGCCUGCUGACCUACGACCUGUUCAAUAUGCAUAGCCGGGUUUGCUCCGAGCGCAUGGCCAUCAUGUUCUCUGUGCCCUUUGACCACAACUUGUACAAGAACCGGCUGGCCGUGGCCGUGGUUGAGCAUUCUCGCGCCUGCGACAAACAACUGUACAAGCAGCUGUAUGAUGGGAAAGACCUGAGCGGCCUCACCCGCUCCGAGACACACGGCUGUGGGCUGAUAUACCAAACUUCAUAUUUCGAUGUAAGGGCUACAAUGUCUUCUAUUGGCAAAGCCAUCGUUAAAGUGGAGCUCUAUGAUAAAAUGGGUCGUUAGGUUGUACUUUGUUGCUUUUGUACCCAACAGAACAAAUAAACUUCAUUUGAUUUGACUGCUGCCGCAUGUUGAUAUUUAGAGAAACAUCCAAAAGGAGAGAAACUGAUUUUGCUGUCAUCUGUACUUUGUGUCCACUGAAAGAUAUCAAUAUCUGACAGCCAGCUCAUUGAUUCUCCAUCAGCUAAUUUCUCGAGCUUAUGUGCAUUGUACACUCCCCUUUUCUUUGAUCAUGGUAAUAAAACAUUCAGACUCAA